AUUACCAUGAAAGUGGGCCCUGACGUGGCACCUUCCCCUGUUUUCUCUCCUCUCCCUCCCUCUCCCUUCUUCACAAAGAUUCCCCCUUGAAAUUUCCAGACCCUCUCUCUCUCUCCUUCUCCGCCAUUGUUAAAUAAGGUGGCCGGGAGAGAGCUUCAUUCAUCACUCGGAGUUAAUUUCUUCGCUUUUCUUGGACGAUCGAGUGGGUGAUUAGCUAGCUAGCUAGCGGCUAGGCUCUGAAUCUGAUCUCCAUUAAUUAAAUUCCUGUACUGUGCAAGGGUCACCAUCCCGGAAAUUUAAAAGGCCAAUUUCAAGAAAAUGUUGGACGCCUGGUUGAAGGGCAAGUUUUACUCCAAAUGCAAGACGGGGAUCCGGGUGACGAAGACUCGGUUGGAUUUGAUUCGGAGAAAGAGGAAGGCUAUGCAGAAGUAUUUGAAGAAUGAUAUUGCAGACCUUCUCAUGAAGGAUUUGAAUGUCAAUGCAUAUGGAAGGUCUGAAGGGCUUCUGCUUGAACUCAAUCUUUCAAGGUGUUAUGAUUUGUUGGACCAGUACUGUCAACAGAUCUCCAGCAAUCUUUCAGCCAUGAAUAAACAGAGAGAGUGCCCAGAAGAUUGCAAGGAAGCUGUGUCAACCUUGAUGUUUGCAGCAGCAAGAUUUGCUGACCUGCCCGAACUGCGUGAUCUGAGAACCAUAUUCGCCGAUCGAUACGGGAAAUCCAUCGAUUUCUUUGUCAAUAAAGAGUUUGUUGAAAAGCUGAAGGGAGAGAUCCCCAGCAAGGAGAUGAAGCUUCAGUUGAUUCAAGAAAUAGCCUCAGAGUGCAGUAUAGAAUGGGACUCAAAGGCUUUGGAACAGAACCUAUACAAACCACCAGCUGCAACUGAUGAACCAGAAAGGGCAGAAACUCAUCUUUCAGCUGAUACAAAUCCAGAAAAGGAAGAAGAAUCUGAUGUUAGGGCUCCAUUGCAUUACAACUCAAUCCCUCCUCCAUAUACUAAACCGCCGGGGCGAAAUAAGAAAGCCGAUUUAAAAGAAGAAAAUGGCAUUAGAGUUGAAUAUGAGGUGAGGGCAGAGCCAAUUGCAGAAAAUAGAAUACCAAUAGACUUUGGUUCAAGUAGAGGUGAAACUCUACCAAAAGGGAACCAUCUUAGGGCAGCUUCAUGUAACCCGGACGGUUGGGAUCCGAAACCACACGUCCAUCCAAAGCUACCGGAUUACGAUGACCUCAUCGCCCGGUUGGCAGCCGCAAGAUCACAGCAAAAGUGAUGAAAGAAAUGAUAUGUUGUUGUUGAUGGUAAUGUACAAUACAUAAUUCAUAGAAAUCAUACUGUGUACACAAAAUAUACAUGAUAUUUACAU